AAUGCAUUUCCAUACAGGAAUAAACACUAAGAAGACUGUUCCGAACGCUUGGGCCAUUUCCCGCCUUCCGAGAGCUGAGUAAAAUUGCUUUUUUUAGAACAAGCAGAAAGAAUCCAUGUAAACACCAUUGUAAAGACACUCAUACGUUGUUCUAUUUAUUUAGCAAACGAGUACGUGCUCUCCAAACUUUUGUUUGUAAGUCAAAGUGGUACUGCCACUGAUCUCAAUGAUUGCCGCAACUGGACUAUGUCAUGUCGUUCCGUGCGACAUGCAGUGGAGAUCUCGGAUGACGGAGAUGAAAUCUAUAUUAAUCACGUGCUAAGACGACCUUAUAUGGAAUGCGAAAAUACCACCGAGGCAAAGGCAAGCUCCAUCCAGUUGAAGAGGUCGAUUUCUUUUCACGGGGUAAACGGAACACCGAUAAUCAGUUGCAAGAAAAGUUAUACACUUUUUGCAAUAAAGAAUACGAGUUUGGCUGGAGUUAACGUGGGCUUUUACAAUUUAGUUUUACAUUCUGCGAAUACCGCUGUGGAAUGCGACGAGGCAACCGCAUUUGAGGUAAUCAUAGAAAAUACCACCUUCACAGAUAACUUGAUGAGCGUGCACAGUAAAAGUUCUACAAACUGCGGGGUUAAAAUAAACAAUUCAGUUUUCCAGGGAGAAACAAAUUGGGCAAUUUGGCUACGAUGCACUAACCUCACAGCGCACAUAGCUAACAGCGUAUUUAAGAGAAGUCCAAUUUUGCUUCGAACUACUUACAACGAACAUCACAAACGCUCACAAACAGUCGAAGUGCUUGUUCGUCAAAGCAUUUUCGACGGGCAAUACAGAACACUUGAGGGCGAGCUAUUUUUUGUAAGUCCUUACGCGGUUUCAUUAAUCGUUUCCAUUUGGAGUUCGUCGUUUUUGAAUCAUCGAGGAUUGAAGGAUAAAAACUCGCUGUUAAUAAGUGACUGUAAUGCAGACAAACGUGAGAUAACGUACAUAGCGUUAAGGGAUGUCAACGUGGAGAACAAUUUCUCACCGGCUAAAGUUGUGGUCUCAUCCAGCCCACACGCUUCAUUUAAGGUCGAGAUCAUGAACAGUAUAUUCAGAAAUAAUUCUGGCGCUUUGGUUGUCCAAACCGUGCCGUACAACCGAAAUAGGUCGUUAUCUAAAAUUCCGGUCUUUCUGUACAACAAUACGUUUAUGCAAAAUUACCAUGGUAUAGACCCAAUAAAACUUGCCACGUCGAUUUCUUUCCUGCCGGGAAAGUACCAAGUUUCGUCAUGCCGUUUCUAUGACAACAUGGCAGGUAAAAACCCGUUCUCCGCAGUCGUCACCGUUUCCCAGUUUUCAAACGCGGUAUUCUUAGAUUGUUAUUUUGAAAACCGUCAAAUAAUUUCGGCGGCAGCUCAGUUUUAUGCGAGAGGAGGAUCUUCGGUUUCUUUCACGGGUAAAAAUACAUUCAACAUAACUGCUUUGAACACAGGGCAAGCAAUUUUUGUACGUAUACCAUUUCAGAGAGCAGUAGGAAUUGUCUUAAAAGGUAAUUUCAAAAUCCUAUGUCCACAAGGAUACGUACUGCAUUCUCAAAAGGUCUGCAACAAUUCUGGACGCAAGAUUUAUUGUGCAUAUGUUUAUAUAACCUGCGAGAAGUGUCCGCCGAAGACAUAUGCCAUCACAAGAGGUCAAUUCACGAUCAGUGCUAACAACAAUAUCACCUGUAAGCCUUGUCCUCGAGGGGGAAGCUGUCUUGAUGGUGUCGUGAAAGCAAGUCCAAAUUUUUGGGGAUACAAAGCUAACGCCUCGAUCAAGUUCGCGCAAUGCCCGCCGGGAUAUUGCUGCGAUUCCAAGGAUUGCGUCAGCUAUGAUAGUUGCCAUGGUAACCGAACUGGAACGCUCUGCGGUCAUUGCGCCAGCGGAAUGUCCGAUGGUUUGUUCAGCUCGUCAUGUAUUUCCAAUGCAAAAUGCUCAGUCUCUUUAUUCAUCCCAAGUGUACUAGCCAUAUUGGUUCUUUACCUUAUCUUCUUCCUUUAUCACGUGGAGAUUGAAAGGAUUAUCGCGAAAAAUCUCUUUGGCAGCUUAAAGAUUUUCACCUCGCCGCGAAUUCCUGCUAGAACCCCAACGAAUGAAAGGAAUAGACGCGGCGGACUGAUCAAAGUUGUAUUCUAUUACUACCAAGUGGUACGAUUGAUUCAAGGCACCGUAGGAUCACAGAAACGAAAUCGUAUAUUCGGAAAUCUGGAGGAUUUCAUCGCACGAAUUUUGAACAUGGUUUUAGUCGACACAGCGCUAUUGAAUUGUCCGUUUCAAAGUCUUGAACCCGUUCAGAAGGCAGCGAUACUGCACUCUGUUGGUUAUUUUCUGUUGGGAUUGUUGGCAAUACUUUACAUCAUCACUGUUCUUGUUCAGAGACUUCGAAAAUUCUUAAACUCUGGAUACAACGAGAUGAGGAACAUAGCAGCAAGUGAAGAAGCCAGACACUCAUGGACGUUCAAGGCGCGUAUUGCUUCAGCUUUUACCUACAUAUCAUUAUUGAUGUACGCCUCUUCCACCCAGCUCUGCCUUUCCCUUCUUCAUUGCGUUCCAGUUGGAAACAACCAGGUUCUGUUUCUUGAUGGGAAUGUAAAAUGCUACCAAACAUUUCAAUAUAUUCUUCUUGCCUACGUAGUAUCAUCGGUGUUUCCGUUUUGUCUCGUUCCUGUCCUUGGUGCGUAUCUUUUGAAAAUGAAUCGUAUUUCGGUUGCCCAGUUUUGCGUCGCAUGCAUAUUUCCGUUGCCAUUUUGUUGUUUUUGGAUUUAUUUGGUACUCAAAGAGUAUCGCUGGCAGAAACGAGCUGGCAAUGACACUAGGGAACCAAGCGAAAAUUUUAGAGAGGCUAGUGAAGAUUAUUGCGUUGAAAGUUCUUCUGAAGAUCGUCCGAUCCAGCAGUUACCAGAACAAGUUCAUUGUCAACGUCAACACACACACAACGGUUGCCAGGGACAAAUACGCGAGGACAGGCCAACAUGCGAGAGUGGUUGUAAGAUCCAAAACAACGAAGCUAUUCUUCGGGUUCUUCUUGGUCCAUUCAGAAAUCACAAAGCAUUCCUAUGCUUCCCUGACUCUGUUCUUCCAUGGGAAGGUUACUUGAUAUUCAGAAGGCUGGUUCUUAUAAUUGUGCUCACAUUCGUGCACGAUAAUCGACUCAAAAUGAUGCUAACUUUGACACUCUGUGUCGCUAUUCUUGCAUCUCACAUGUACAUUAAACCUUUCACUCUUCCAAGUGUCAAUGCCAUUGAAUCACUUUCACUUUCUGUUUUGACCGUUUUUUGUGGUUUCACUUUAAUCAAAAGCCUUUAUUAUGGCGAGGAUUUCUCAUCGCUUUCAGACAAUGUCGCUUUACUCAACCUCUUCAAUACGAUCGAAAAUAUCCUGGUGGUUGCUCCGUUGGCGAUCCUACUACUCAUAGUAGUAUUGUCUGUGUUGGGAAGGUUAUUGGUACUGUUUCGAAAGUGCUUAAGAUAUUGCAGAAAGUAAUUAAUUACAUCGUUUUCCCGAUAGUCCGAGGACAAGUAUACAGAGAAGAGAAGCGUGAUCCUAGAAAGUGUUGGCUUUCAGCCGAAGGCGAGACCCUUGAGUGUGUAUAAACUUACAAGAAAGCGGAAUAAAGAGAUGGCUGAAUAGAUAGAAAAGAACAUCCAGAUUAUGCAGUGCCCAUCUAUGAUCAACACCUAUAUAUUUCAGUAAAAAGCUCACUCACACGUACACACACACAAUGAUUGAGUGUGACAUAGAAGUUGUGUUAUCACUGUGAGUUUGAGUUUACUCUUAGAAUACAGGCGUAGACAUUAUUGCAUGUGUACAUAAAUAAGUAGAGUUAAAAUCAGUAUUUUUAUGGCUUCGACGUGUCGCUAAUGAAGUGGUGACACUUGUAACAUCAAAUUUUCAAUAUUCUUCUAAAUAUUAUCAUUAGUUUUCAGCAGAAAAUUGUUGUCGUUGU